AAGGCAGGAGGCGACUAGAGCUCUCUCUCUCUCAGUCCUAGGCUUGCUCUAGAGAAGAGCCUGCUCCUCUGGGGAUUUCAGUGUGGAUUUCCCUUUCUCUUUGGAGUCCCUUCACUUCAGAGGCUGGCUCUCCCUCUUCUUCCUGGGUCCAAGGGCUGCCUCUUGGGAUGGGAAGCUGAGAGGAAGCCAGCAAGGAAAGGCGGGAGCCUCAGCAGAGUCCUUGGAGGGCUGCUUCUCCUCUGCCUCUUCUUUUCUCCAAAGUGUUUUCAGUACCGCACGAUAAACCCUGAGAAAAAUGCCCAUCUUUUCCCUAAGACUUCAACAUUUCUGGAAAUGUUACAUUUCCAACAGCAUAACAGCAAAAGAUCUUGCUAUGAAGAAAGAAGCCAGAGAUGACUGAUGUGGAGCCUGUGGUCACAGAUUUUGCAGCCUCGGGGAGGGCAGGCCGCCGAAACGCCUUGCCAGACAUUCUGGGUUCUUCUGCUGGGGCUGGAACCUCAGACUUGCCACACAAACUAGCUGAGCUCUCCAUGUCAGAAGGUGAAGGAGCUGAAGGUGGAGAAGCUUCUUCUUCUGGUGUCACCACAAUGGAAAAUCAAGAAACAGAAGGAAAGACCAUGGAUUCCUAAUAUCUAUGAAAUCUUUAGCUUGCAGUAAUCACCAACAGAUGUCAUUCUCAGUGUGUGCAAGAUACUGAAAUAUACAGUACUUGUAACUGGGUGAUAUAAAUAAGGAGCUAUUGAAACGUUUCAGCAAUGUUACCUGGUUCAAUAAUUUUUGUGUGUAUAUAAAUCCCAGUCAAUAUUUGCAGAAUGCAUGUGAAAUUUUAGCACUAUUUUCUGUCCCAUAGUAAAGCAGCUCCAUCACAUCCUUUUGGAUAAGGUAAACAAAUACAACAAGAACAUUGCUGUUUGGUCAGUCUCUUGAGGCCUUUUCAGCAUAUAAAUAUAAUAAAAUAGUGGGUUUUGUUUUUUCACACAAAACUUACUAGCCUUUAUCCAGUGCUGGCAUAAUCUAGCAGUAUGAUGCAACAGUUCAACAGGCUGCAGUCACUUUGCUCAGUUGAAGUAAUUAAGAUGGGAAUAUAUGUGGAAAUAAAAGAGGAGUGAACACAAUGCCCUGAAUGAAUUGUAUGCUUCACAAAGGACAAAAUGAUAGAGAAUAACAGAAUGGUGAUACAGAAGAGAUGGAAAAUAGCCUUCAUAUUCACCACAUUUUGUGUUAAGAUCAGUGCCAGCUGUACCAUUAGGUAGAGCAAUGCAGUUGCCUGAAAGAUGAUGGGUGCUGAGGGCAGAGUUGUGCCCUGCACUCCUUAAAGUAGCCUAGUGCCCUCAUGUUUGGUAGACAAUGUCAUCCUACUACAAUUACUGAAGCAAGAAUCAUCUGCCAGUACAGUCAGCAUUUAUUAUCUAUAAAUAAUAUAAUAGCUACCUGGUACCAUUCAGACUAUUUGUCCAUAUAGCCCAGUGCUAUCUGUUCUCCAAGGUCUGCAGCACAUAUCUUUAGUAGAUCUGCUACAGGUGUGGGGAUAUUAGAAAAGCACCACAGGCACAAUCUGGUACAAUGAUGUCACACACAGCCGCUACACUGGCAACCGAUUGAUGGAAAUCACACUUUUUCGAGAAAGAGAAUAUUGAAGACUGAAUGUUGAAAUGCUAUAAGUCUCUGGAUUCCCAAUAACAACUGCACUUGUAUUAUGUUAUUGUCUGGAAAAGCCCUUCUUCAUUGUUUUUAAAGGUUUCCCCCCUGAUAUCUACUUCCUGCACAUGAAAGUUGAAUUUACCCAGAAUCUGAUGCCGUAGAAGGCACAGUGUUUUUGACAUUGCAGGAUACUUUGAUCUUUAAAAGAAAUGGAAUGUCAUCUCUAUAUAACCUCAUGAAGCCCUUUUGAGGUCUGAACUCUACCUAGAGAUGCAGUGGUGUGCUGAGAAAAAUGAAAAAUGCUCUUUCCUCACGCCUUCAAAAUGUCAAGAUGCAUUGAGAGCACCUUGGUUUUUGAAAUCCUUUUGUGAGUGUAUAGUAUGCUCCCCUCACUCAAAUCUGACUCUUUCAGUGAGCUCUGCACUCUUAAAGUUUCCAAAGUAAACCCAUGGCAUUUGUUAAUUACUCAAACCAUUUCUUUAUUUUAGCACUUGAGAUAAAAAUUCUCAUUAUCUCUUUUGGCCUUUGGUGUCUUUUAUUGGUUCUGUCCUCAUCAAGAUCUGGGACACGAGCUUUUCAUUUGAGUUGAGGGUGGAUUUAUUUUUGCAUAACUGAUCUUGUUAUCCUUGUGAAAGCAUUUUUUCCUGAUAUAUUUUGCCCGUAUCAAAGUUCGAUCCAUGUUUUUUAAUAAAAGUUGUAUUAAUUAAA